AGGCAGCACUCUGUUCCCCAGAAAAGUGCCACCUGCGGCCGCAGUUUCACUUUCGGUUUCACCCGGGUGGUCCGUGGAGGCAAGCUAGUGGCGCUGCUGGAGAGGAAGUUUGGAUCCCGGCCACCAGAUGAGGAGCCUGGGGCCUUGAGAGGUGAAAUGAGGAGUUAUCCAAGGCAUACAGCUAAAUUAAGUAGCAGAGCUGGGAUUAGUCUCCCAAAUUCUUGAUCAGGAUUGUUAAAAUGAGUCUACGGAAACAAACCCCGAGUGACUUCUUAAAGCAAAUCAUUGGACGACCAGUUGUGGUAAAAUUGAAUUCUGGAGUGGAUUAUCGAGGGGUCCUGGCUUGCCUGGAUGGCUACAUGAAUAUAGCCUUGGAGCAGACGGAAGAAUAUGUAAAUGGACAGCUGAAGAAUAAGUACGGGGAUGCAUUUAUCCGUGGAAACAAUGUAUUGUAUAUAAGUACACAGAAGAGAAGGAUGUGAAGACGCCAGGAGUACAAUACUUUUCAUACUGGGGUAUAUUUUUUUAUGAGAUUUUUGGGGGUUCCUUUGUGACUUCCACUUGUCCCAUUUCAUAAUAGUUGGUGAUUUUUCACUGACCUACGAGGAAGAGAAAUGUACAGAAUUGUGAUAAUGUAAUUGCGACGCGUUCCUUCCUAUUUAAGUUUCAGUCAUUUCCUUUUACCUCUGUGUCAGUGUGCAGAAAGCAAAAGAAUAAAAAAAGAAAGAAAAGC